AUGGAAGAUUUAGAGGAAGAUGUAAAGUUCAUAGCGGAUGAGACCUUGGACUUUGGAGGGCUGUCACCAUCUGACAGUCGUGAGGAGGAAGACAUAGCAGUGUCGGUGACUCCAGAGAAACCACUCCGAAGAGGACUCUCCAAUCGAAGUAAUCCAAAUGCAGUGGCCCCAGCCCCCCAGGGGCUGAGGCUCAGCUUGGGUCCCCUUAGUCCAGAGAAGCUGGAGGAGAUUCUCCACGAGGCCAACCGGCUGGCAGUUCAGCUGGAGCAGUGUGCCCUGCAGGAGCAGGAGAGCACAGGCGAGGGCCUGGGGCCUCGCAGGGUGAAGCCCAGCCCCCGGCGGGAGACCUUUGUGCUGAAGGACAGUCCUGUCCGAGACCUGCUGCCCACUGUGAGUUCUUUGACUCGGAGCACCCCCUCCCCAAACGGCCUGACACCCCGACUCCGGAGCGGCGAUAAGAAGGGGUCAGUCAGGGUUCUCCGGGCAGCAUCUGGAAAGAGGCCCUCCAGUGUGAAAAGGGAGUCACCCACUUGCAAUCUGUUGCCUACAUCCAAAAGCCCAGCAUCUUCUCCUCUCGCCCGAUCUACUCCUCCAGUCCGGGGCAAAGCUGGGCCCAGUGGGAGAGCAACAGCAAGUGAGGAGACUUGGGCAGCAAAACUGUGGGUGAAUGGGAGGAGGGAGGGUAUGGAGCUGACCCCAAAAUUCCUCUACUCCUCUCCACCAGGCCCGCCUACCCCUGUCAGACCAGUCUUGGCCCCACAGCCUCCUACCGGCAACUCUCAGCGCCUCUCUCGGCCGCAGGGAGCAGCUGCUAAGCCUUCCAGUCGACUGCCUGUUCCCUCUGCCAUCCCCAGGCCUGCCAGCCGAAUGCCACUCACCAGCCGGAGUGUACCACCCAGCAAAGGUGCCCUGCCUCCAGCUUCUCUGCCACCUCGGAAAGGACUUCCACGACCAAGUGCUGUAGGGCACAGAGGUGAGGAAGAGUCCCAUCAAGUUCCUGUUUCCCAGCGGCCAAAUCUUCCCAUCACUGCUGCCAGUCGCAGCAACCUGCAGCCCCCCAGGAAAGUGGCGGUCCCAGGACCCACCAGGUAA